AUGGCUAAAAAGAAUGCCUCUUUUAUCGAUGGCAGUGCGGUGCUACUGAUGGAUUUGACCAGUAUAAUUAUUAAUCACACUCCUCUGUUCGCAUGGAAAAUUGCCUUUUUGAUUGUUGAUGUGGUAAAUUUCUGGUUCACAAAGAUUCUUGCCAUUAUAAGGCAUUCUCCUUCUCGUAGAUUGCGAAAACAGUUGGAAGAAUGCAGGAGUUUUGGGCAGUAUGAGGAGACGGCUACAGAGCUAGACAGAUAUAACAAGUAUGAUGUGUGGAGACAAAAUUUUACAAGUAAGAGAUAUGAUUAUAAGCUUAUCCACGAACGGCUUUUAGAAUUAAGACAAUCCAGACUUGACAAUGACUAUCAACGCGUCAUUAGUCUUCUUCGAUCGGGCCUUCUUCGAAACUUUGGUGGCAUUUCAAGUAAAAGAUUGUACAACAAAUCACAUGUUGGAACCAAAAUAUUGAUUGAAGAGUACAUAAGCGAGGUUUUGGAGUGCCUACGUUUUAUCUCUGAUGCCAAAUGCCCAGAUGGAUCACUGGAUGUAGUGACAUUCUACCAGGAAAAGCUAAACUUUUUUCAUGAUGCGAAGCAGACUAUGGGGACAACAGCUCUUAUUUUGCAGGGGGGCACUCUAUUUGGAUUAUGCCAUCUUGGUGUAAUAAAGGCAUUACACAGCCGAGAUUUGCUACCAAACGUCAUCGCAGGAUCAUCAAUUGGAGCUGUUGUUGGAGCUCUUGUGUGCUCUUUAAAUCCAUCACAACUUGAAAUUAAUCUUAAUGACUUAAUCAGCUUGUUACCACCUCCUAGUGCGGUCGAUGCUCGCGGAAAUGUGAUAGAGAAUGUAUUGCAGCGUGGCUUUAGCCAGGAUAUAUUGGUAUUUAUUGAUUAUGUGGGAAGGCAGUUGGGAGAUAUGACAUUUGAGGAAGCGCACUUGAAGUCAAACAGGGUUCUAAAUGUCGUUGUUUAUCCGACAGAUGCUUCUUUUCCAACGCUACUAAACUAUUUGAGUGGACCAAAUGUGACAAUAAUCAGUGCUGUGCGAUGCUCAUUGGGUUACAAUGCACUAAACGAGAAUGUGCAGCCAAUGGUGAAAACGGUUGAUGGAAGACUUGAACCAUUGCAUCUUGCAAACGGAAAUUGCCAGUUUAUGUCCCCUUAUUUUGCCCGGACUUUAGGUGAUCAGACUCUAAAGAGGGAUGCAGAGUUUGUCUCACCUUACACUAGGUUGACUGAGCUGUUCAACGUGAACCAUUUCGUCGUAUCAUUAGCGAGACCAUAUUUGGCACCAUUAAUUGGAAUUGAUAUGAGACGGACGGAGUCCAGGUGGCCGUUCGUUAAAAAGAUUGAUAGACUAAUCAGUCUUGAGUUUAGAUAUAGAGUGGAAAUGCUAGAUCGACUGGGGCUCCUAUUGAGCUUUUUAAGAUGGGCCCUCUCUGACGAAACUGCUCCAUUGUAUGCUGGAAAUCAGAUACCUAUAGUCCCAGAGAUGCGUACUUUAUUUAAAGACUUUAAGCGCAUUUUUGAUGUCAAUAAAUAUACGGCGAAUAUUCCUUACUGGAUUCGGGUUGGCGAACGUUCUGUGUGGCCGUUAUAUCCAUUACUUCAAACUAGAUGUGCCAUUGAGUUCACGUUGGAUGAUUACUACAACAUGUAUCGUCGGAGUGGGUAG